AUGUGGCGGCGGUUGGCGACGACGGCGGCGGCCGGGGGCCCUCGGGCGGCGGCCGGUCUCCCGCCCGCCGGGCUCUGGCGAUGCGGCGGCGGCGGCGGAGGAGCGAGGGCGGCCCUGCAGGACCUGAAGGCCUUGCGGCAGUGUCUUCGGGGGAGCCGCAUCGAGCAGUUGGCCCUUCAGGGUAGGCUGUUGGCAGCUUCCCACCGGCUCGUCUCAAAACCACCUAAAGGGUUUGAGAAGUAUUUUAAGAGGAGUGGAAGAAAUGUGGACCCCGAAGAAUCGACACCCCCAAAUAAAGAUACUGGUGAACCAAAGGAGCCUGAGUCUGGGGGAAAUGGAGGAAGUGGUGGCAAGCGAGGAGGAAAGAAGGAUGACUCUGGGUGGUGGAAGCGGAUGCAGAAGGGAGACUUCCCCUGGGACGACAAGGAUUUCCGUUACCUGAUGGUCAUGGGAGCAGGUUUUGCCUCGGGAUUUCUCUACUUUUAUUUCCGAGAUCCUGGAAGAGAAAUCACCUGGAAGCAUUUUGUCCAGUACUACUUGGCCAGGGGACUGGUGGACCGACUCGAAGUAGUGAACAAGCAAUUUGUGCGUGUGAUCCCUACUCCUGGAGCAUCUUCAGAGAAAUCGGUGUGGUUCAACAUCGGUAGCGUCGAUACGUUUGAGCGAAACCUGGAAACUGCCCAGUGGGAGUUGGGGAUUGAAGCAGCCAAUCAGGUGGCAGUGAUUUAUACUACGGAGAGUGAUGGCUCUUUCAUCAAAAGCUUGGUGCCCACCCUGCUACUGAUUGGGAUUUUCCUGUAUGCUGUGCGGCGAGGCCCCAUGGGAGCCGGCCGCGGAGGGCGAGGAGGCGGCCUCUUCAGCGUUGGCGAGACAACUGCCAAAAUCCUGAAGGAUAACAUUGACGUGCGGUUCAGUGACGUGGCUGGCUGCGAAGAAGCCAAGUUGGAAAUCAUGGAGUUUGUCAACUUCUUGAAAAACCCCAAGCAGUACCAGGAUCUGGGAGCAAAAAUUCCCAAGGGAGCUAUGCUCACAGGUCCACCCGGCACUGGGAAAACCCUCCUUGCCAAAGCUACAGCAGGGGAAGCUAACGUUCCUUUCAUCACCGUGAAUGGAUCCGAAUUCCUGGAGAUGUUCGUAGGAGUCGGGCCUGCCAGAGUUCGGGACAUGUUCGCCAUGGCUCGCAAAAAUGCUCCCUGUAUAUUGUUCAUUGAUGAGAUUGAUGCGAUUGGAAGAAAGCGAGGCCGUGGGAACUUCGGAGGCCAGAGUGAACAGGAAAAUACCUUGAACCAGAUGCUGGUAGAAAUGGACGGGUUCAACUCCAGCACCAACGUGGUAGUGCUCGCCGGUACGAACCGCCCCGACAUUCUCGACCCGGCGCUGAUGAGGCCAGGGCGCUUUGAUCGUCAAAUUUACAUAGGGCCCCCCGAUAUUAAAGGCAGAUCCUCUAUUUUUAAGGUCCACCUUCGUCCACUGAAAUUGGAUGAAAAUCUUGGAAAAGAGGCCCUGGCGAGGAAACUGGCUGCCCUGACUCCGGGAUUCACUGGUGCUGAUAUCUCUAAUGUGUGUAAUGAAGCCGCCCUGAUUGCAGCUCGCCACUUGAAUCCCUCUGUCAAAGAGAAGCACUUUGAGCAAGCCAUCGAGAGAGUCAUCGGAGGCUUGGAGAAGAAGACCCAGGUCCUCCAGCCAAAUGAGAAGGCAACAGUAGCCUAUCACGAAGCUGGCCAUGCCGUAGUGGGCUGGUUCUUGGAGCAUGCCGAUCCUCUGCUGAAGGUGUCCAUCAUCCCCCGAGGAAAGGGGCUCGGGUACGCCCAGUAUCUGCCCAAGGAGCAGUACCUGUACACCCGAGAGCAGCUGUUCGAUCGCAUGUGCAUGAUGCUCGGAGGCAGGGUGGCUGAGCAGCUCUUCUUCGGACGCAUCACCACGGGAGCGCAGGACGACUUGAGGAAGGUCACCCAGAGCGCCUACGCCCAGAUCGUCCAGUUCGGGAUGAGUGACAAGCUGGGCCAGGUCUCGUUCGACUUGCCCCGGCAGGGCGAUACGGUCGUGGAGAAGCCGUACAGCGAGGCCACGGCGCAGCUCAUCGACGAGGAGGUCCGGCUCCUGAUCAACGCGGCCUACGACAGGACCGUGGAACUGCUGACGCGGUGUCGCGACCAAGUGGAAAAGGUUGGGAAACGGCUCUUAGAGAAAGAAGUCCUAGAGAAAGCAGACAUGGUUGAACUCCUGGGCCCCAGGCCCUUUGCGGAAAAAUCCACGUACGAAGAGUUCGUGGAGGGCACGGGGAGCUUGGACGAAGACACCAGCCUCCCCGAGGGGCUAAAGGACUGGAACCGAGAACGGGAAGAAGAGAACAUUGACAAGAGAGUCCAGGAAAGUACUGUGUGACAUCUACCGUGGGGCGUCUCCCCUCGAACCCAAGGAAUUUUAUCUCUUCGCUUCCACCCGUGAGCCAGAGGCCUUUGGAGAACAGAUGCCGGAUUCACUGGAAAUCAAAUUAAACGUGUUCUAAAUACAAACGGGUGUUUGAGAUGGGGGAGGGGAUGUGAGGGGAGUAGUGAAGCAGAGACAGGAAUUCCCUGUUUCUAAAACAUUAGGAAGUUAAUAAUUAGCAAUCAAGUGACUGGGUCAAAGCAGAAAAUAAUCGGCAGACUAACUUUCUUCAAUUCUCAGUUCCUGUUUUAAGGAAAGGAGAGAGUUACGGAAUGGUAGGAUGGAGAGGCACCGAGUGAAAGGAAGAAUUUGAAUUUAGAUAAGAAUCGACGCUUUUUUGGUUUUGAAGACAGAAUUCCAUUUAGAAAAGCCACCAUUGAUUGCUUUUCAGCCUCCCCGUGAACAUGAAAAUAGGAUUAAGAACAGAAUACGGUUCCACCUGGAGAAGUCUCAUGUGCUGGAAUCCAUCUGGACUGUGAGGAAAAAGAGACUUCGCUAGCACUUUGUAAGAGUCGCCGAAAAUGGAGGUUAAAUCGAAGCACAGAUAAGUGAUCUGGGAAGCUGUACUCUGCUGGUCUUGAUAAGACCUAUUCAUCUGUCCCAUGUUCCUCCCUCCCUCCUCAGUGUCCCCACCUGUCUGAGUAUGAGGCUUGGUAGAAAACUCACAUGAUAUGAUUACUAAAUCUCAGCUAUUGGACAUCCUUAAAGUACAAACACCCCUGACAGAGAGGAGUUUUACUGUGGGGAGGAACAUAGUGAGAAUGAAGAAAAGAAAAUUUAAAAGAUUUUGGUAAGCCUAUCGUCAUAAUAAAGUGAAAGCCCCACAAACAGGAAAGGCUGAGAGAUGAACUAGAAGAACGAAUGGAA